GGGUAAUAAGCAUUUAUUAUUUUUCGAUAAGUAAAGAAAUAUGUCCCAAGCACAAGAACCCGUACCAGCAGCUUCUGAGCAAGAAGUUAGACAACAAGAAUCAGUCUCAGACUCCCAAACUCAGUCCGAUGCCCCUGUUGAAGGAAAGCCCGACGCCAGUGCUAUCUAUCAUCAAGACGAUUUGGCAAACGAUAUAUUGGCUCAACAAGACCCUGCAGCCGUCCAUCCCGAUCAUACUAAUGUGAAUUGGGAUAAGGAGACAGGACAAGGUUUUGCUACGGAGAUGGACAGACAUGCCAUUAAGGCUGCACAACUCCACCACCUGUUGCCAGAAACCAUGAAAGUUGAGGAUUUGAUUAAGGGCGAGAACAAGACAGGAGCCAACAAGGAAGAGUUCCAAAAGGCUUUAGAGAAGCCAGAUGCUAUGCAACAGAUGGCUGAUAACCCUGCGGAAGAGGAAGAAAUCAAACCUGCCACAGCAGAAGCCGUCAAGCAGGCUGCAAACUAAGCUAUCUUUAAUUGUCACCUAACGAUACUCCCUCUGUAUAAUCUUCAAUAAAUUAC